AUGAGUUCUGCAGAUGAUCAACUACUCCAAAUUGUGGAGCUGAAAGGGAAAUUGGAUAAAGUCCGAUCCCAAAUCAGCUCCAAGUUGGUUAACCAGCAGCAUUUGGCACUUAUCCUUCAAACUGUUGAGGAGAAUCUAGAUCAACAGCAUCAAGAAAAAACUGCUGUCGCAUAUUUUGUGUCGUUCCUCAGCUUACUUGACCAGUGUUGCGAAAACGAUCAAAUCAAGGACUUUGCAUUGGCAACGGGUGCCGUUUAUUUCUUAAAUUUGGUUUCCCCAUAUACACCUAAAGGAUUGCUCAGACCUCAUUUUGGUGACAUUCUUACCAAAGUUGCUCCCGCUUUGACCGAUGAGCAUUCUCAAGCUCCGUUGAUUAGAUCCAGUAUAGGCUUUUUGGAAUCCUUGUUGUUGGCUCAAGAUCUUGAUGCUUGGAAUAACGUUAACAACUAUAAAAUUUCUCCGAAAAGAGGUUUGAUGGGUCUUUUAGAGUUAUCUCUUGAUCCAAGACCUAAAGUCAGAAAAGGAGCUCAGGAGUCUGUUCAUAGCAUUCUCUUGCAAGUUCCAGUUGGCACUGGUGCUCACCCUGCCUCGUUUUAUUCCGGAGAAUUCGCCCUAAAUCGUCUAAUAUCAUUAGUUCAAAAGAAUCCGCUGAAUAAGGAUUCAACAUUUUCGAAGGACCUUAGUGCUCAAAUUAUCCACAAUUUGCAACUUAUUUCUGCCAUUGCCAAAGCUAACGCCUGGCCUAUAAAACAAGUUAAUACCCUUUGCGAUAUACUACUUGAGAUUUGCAAGUCCGCUGAUGAAUACAUGGUUUCAGCUGCCUUCGCUGCCUUUGAAGGCCUCUUCCAAUCUAUGAAUAGCAAGAUUGACAACGACAAGUUUGUCCAAGUUAUGGAUAUCAUAUUUGAUUUGAAGCCUGCCGUGAAUGAUCCACAUCUAGCACCUUCUUGGCUCGCCAUAGUUGCUAAGGCUGUCACUUCUUAUUCUCUGAACAUAGAUUCUCUAAAAUGCUUCAUGAAACUUCCAGAGAUUUUCAAGAUUGUUGGCGAUUAUUUCUCUAGUGAUGUCGAAAAUGUCUACAUUAGUGCUUCUCAGUGUCUCAUUGCAAUAUGUUCAGAUGCUAUUGAUAAGAAAUGGCUUCUUUAUGCUCCUGCUGUGAAACAGGAAAUCAGUGAACAGAUUGGCACGGUGAUAAGUCAGUUAGCAAGCAUUACCAACAGCUUUCUUUCUGUGAAAUAUAGACAAUGUGCUAAGGAGGUUGCCGAGUUGAUUGGUGCCUUGUUCCUUUCGUUAAGAAUUAGAGCAAAUCCAGAUUUUUUGCCUCACUUGGGAACCAUUGGUGAAUGGAGAUCCAAUGAGCAGGAGGGCUUUGAAUUGAAUGGAGUUUCUGAGAGUGUUAUUGCUAGUGCUAUCUCAUCCAUGGGACCCGAGGUUGUCUUGGAGAUAUUACCUUUGAACUUGAAUGAUGCUAAUGCCGUCGGUAGAGCAUGGCUUCUUCCUAUCUUGAAGGUGAACGUUCGUUGCGCACACUUGAGCUACUACAUAAAAGACAUUUUGCCUCUAACAUCAUACUUUGAGGAGUUGGUUUCCAAAGCAAAUCCCGAGUCUAUGAAUACCAAAAUCUUUGCUACCCUUGUCUCUCAGAUAUGGUCCCUCUUGCCAGCAUUCUGUGAUCUACCAUUUGAUUUGGUGACCAGCUUUUCUGACGAGUUUGCCGCACAUCUCGCCAAGUUGCUCUAUCAGCAAGUUGAACUUAGACCAACUAUUUGUCAUGCACUUCGAAUGCUUGCUGAAAGUAAUGCCGUCUAUUCUUCAGGAGUUGUUGAUGACCUCAUUGUCAACCAGCAAUUUCCUGUAUCGAAAUCUAAGGAGGCAUUGAAAUAUCUAUCCUCCACUAAGGCACCGAAGUUUUUGUCCGUUUUAUUUAAUGUGUUCUCGGAGACCCCGAUGGAUCAGAGGAAUUACGUUUUAGAAACUAUUGAUGCCUAUCUUCAGAUCUCCAAACCAAGUGAUUUGGUUAUAAUUUUUAACAAAGUGUGCACUUUGUUGCAGAAGGCCUUGGAUGAUGAGACAGAGAAGGACUUUGCCGAGACUGAUGAUCCUGCUGCUAACGGUAAGAUCCCCAAGUUGUCGAUCACUAUGAUGGAUAUUGUUAUUGAGAUCACUAAAUACCUCGAAGAAUCCAGUCACAAUGCACUUUUGGCAAUCUUUAAUCGGACUGUUCGUGUGAAAGAUGUCCAAAUUCAGAAGAGGGCCUACCGAAUUCUGUCCAGUCUUAUCAAGACUGAAUCAGGAUUAAAAUCUGUUUUGAAGUUUCUUCCUGAUAUUCUCAAAGUCCUUGUAGAGGGUUCGGAGACCACUCUCAUGGCUGCUAAGAGCGCUAGAUUGUUGUGCAUUUUGGAAGUCAUUAAGAUUCUACCUGUGGAUUAUUUGCAUUUCAUUCCCGGAGUGCUAUCAGAGGUUAUCCUCUGCACUAAAAGUGUUAAUGAGAGGGCCAGAGGUAACUCGUAUGAUAUUCUGGUUGCCAUGGGUAACAAUUUAAUAGAAUUUGAAGGUUCUCCUAUUAAGAACUCUUUGAACGAUCCAGAUAUGUCGGACUCGGUUGCCUCAUUGAAAGAGUUGUUUGUCAUGUGCUCCGCCGGUUUGGCGGGUGGUUCUCCUCAUAUGAUCAGUGCCACUAUAACUGCUUUAUCCCGUGUCUUUUAUGAGUUCCACGAUAACUUAGAAAUGGAUUUCUUAAAGCAGAUGACAUCGACAAUUGAAUUGUUUUUGACGUCUAAGAACAGAGAAAUCAUUAAGUCUACGUUGGGUUUCAUCAAGGUGGCUACCCUUUCUUUACCCGAGGAUGAAGUGAGACCGCGCUUGAAAGGUCUUCUCACGAAUUUACUUGCGGUGAAUCACGAACAGAAGAGUCACUUCAGAUCAAAAGUGAAGCAUCUCAUUGAAAGGUUGGUGAGAAAGUUUGGCAGCGAUUACAUUGAGCAGUGUGUUCCAGAAGAGGAUAAGAAGUUGAUUAUUAAUAUCAAGAAGUCUAAGGCCAGGGCCAAGAGAAAGAAGUCUCAGGCCAGUUAUGACGAUGAUGCUGGCAGGGGUGAGGGAGAAGCUCAUAGCAAUAAUACUUUCAUGUCCGCUUAUGAGGAGGCAUUAUAUGGCGAAUCUGAUGCAUCUGAUGAUGAUGCCGAAGAGAAUAAUAAUGAUGGUGAAGAGGGUUAUUCGCAUUCUCGAAAACCGAAGCAGUUUAUUUCGGAGUCCAAAGAUGCUCCUUUGGAUCUUUUGGACAAGCAAGCAUUAUCGCACAUCUCUUCCUCCAGGCCUAAGACAUUUUCCAAGAAGGAUGUCAAGUAUCACACUAAGAAUGGAAAGCUUGUAUUUAACGAGAAUGAUGACUCUAAUGCGUUUGGUGGUAAAAACUCCAUUGACGCUUACGUGGAGGCAGUCAAGCAAGGGCCAGUUAGAGGCCAAGGUAACAAAUUAAAGUACAAGAAGAAGCAGAGGACGGAAGAUGGUAUUAAUUGGGAUGAUGAGGAAGCUGAGAGCAGAGAAAGUGGCGAAAGAAAGAGUGUGAAGCAAUACCCUCAAUCCAGAUCCAAUUACAGAAAUGUCAGAGGUGGUAGAAUUGGCAAACCUAAAUCGAGAUUCAAAGCUAGAAAGAAGUUCUAA